AUGUUUACACUGAAUACUUCUUGCCUCAAUCAUCACAGUUUUUUGCUGACAGGGAUACCAGGAAUGCCAGAGAAGAACCCCUGGAUGGCAUUCUCAUUAGGAAUACUAUAUACCCUCACUCUUCUUGGCAAUGGAACCAUCUUAUCCAUUAUUAAGAUUGAUAGCAGCCUCCAUGAGCCCAUGUACUAUUUUCUCUCUAUUUUGGCAUUGACUGAUGUGGGUCUCUGUGUGUCUACGCUGCCCACAAUGCUCAACAUUUUCUGGUUCAAUGCUCCUGAAAUCCCUUUUGAUAACUGUAUCACUCAGAUGUUCUUUAUACAUGUAUUUGGAAUCAUGGAAUCUGGAGUAUUGGUGUCCAUGGCCUUUGAUCGCUUUGUAGCCAUUCGGGAUCCAUUGCGUUAUACUUCCAUUCUCACCUCUGGGGUCAUUGGCAAGAUUGGAAUAGUGGUCCUUGCCCGUGCUGUCUGUGUAGUCUUUCCUGUGCCCUUUCUUAUUAAGAGACUGCCUUUCUGCCGCUCUAAUGUCCUCUCCCACUCUUAUUGUCUUCACCAGGAUAUCAUGCGACUUGCCUGUGCUAGCACACGUGUCAAUAGUCUUUAUGGCCUUAUUGUUGUCAUCUUAACUUUGGGGUUGGAUGUCCUUAUCAUUCUUUUUUCUUAUGUGCUCAUCUUGAAGACUGUGCUGGGCAUUGCUUCAUGGGCUGAGAGACUCAAAGCCUUUAAUACCUGCUUUUCUCACAUUUGUGCUUUGUUGCUCUUAUACAUACCCUUUAUUGGUGCUACCAUGAUCCACCGCUUUGGAAAGCACCUAUCACCCAUUAUACACACAGUGAUGGCCAAUGUGUACCUGUUACUCCCACCUGUGCUUAACCCCAUCAUCUACAGUAUAAAAACUAAGCAGAUCCGUAAGAGGAUAGUCCAAGUAUUCUUUAGGAGAAAAGUCAGGACUUAG